UCAUUUGAUUGUGCUGAUUCUCAAAAUGCGUCAUUUGACAGAUUGCUCUUACUAUCAGGUCCAGACUCACUUGGAAAAUCCAACAAGGUAUCACAUCCAGCAAACUCAAAGGCAUCAAGUCAAGCAGUUCCUGACACUGGAUACCAAGUUGUCUAGCCAAACUCUGUCACUGUCUCACUCCCAGUCAAUCCAUUCUUCAGGAGCUGCACCCAUAUUAAGGAGUGGGCAUAUGCCUCCCACCAGUGAUACCAGCACUUCUGGAAAUCCAGUGACCAAACUACUAACACUUGGAGGAGAACAUGAAAAUGCGAUGGAGGAAGUUAUUGAUGACAUAAUCAACAUGGAAUCAAGUUUUAAUGAUGAAGGGAUAGGUUGCUCUGAAGCACCACUACUCAUGCAAAGAACUCUUUCAAGUAGCAUUCUGGAUAUAUACAACAGUGACCAAGGAAUGCCGUCUGCUAAUAUGGGACUUACCAAUAAUUCCUGCCCAUCUACUUUGCCUGUUAAAAGGGAAAUCUCAGAAACAGAUACACGAGCAAUGGCAAAGGAGAGGCAAAAAAAGGAUAACCAUAAUCUCAUUGAAAGAAGAAGACGGUACAACAUUAAUUACCGGAUCAAGGAGCUUGGCACGCUUAUCCCAAAGUCUAAUGAUCCUGAUAUGCGCUGGAACAAAGGAACUAUUUUAAAAGCAUCAGUGGAGUAUAUCAAGUGGUUACAAAAAGAACAACAAAGAGCCAGAGAAUUAGAUCAUAGACAGAAGAAAUUAGAACAGGCUAACAGGAGACUUUUGCUUCGAAUUCAGGAAUUAGAAAUACAAGCACGAGCCCAUGGCCUGCCAAUCAUGUCUUCAAUUGGCACUGUAGACUUAGUGUCCCAUGUCAUGAAACAACCAGCAUAUCCAGAAGAGAAUUCAGUAGACUAUUCUCAACAUCUUGCAGUGGUCCAGGAGCCGCAUUCUGACCUCAGUGACACAUCUGCAGCUUUUUCUGAUCCACUCUCCCACUUUACCGAUUUGUCUUUUAGUGCAGCUUUGAAGGAACAAAGAUUGGACGAAAUAUUACUGGAUGAUACAAUCUCACCAUUUGGGUCAGAUCCACUUUUAUCUUCUGUGUCUCCUGCUGUGUCCAAAGGGAGCAGCCGAAGAAGCAGCUUUAGUUCAGAUGAUGGAGAUGAUGUAUAACAUGGAAAAGACUCGCUGGUUAUGGCGUUAUUUUGUUGCUUUUACUUCAGUGGUGCUGUAUUUAUAUUGCUGCUCACUUCAUCUAAA